AUGGCGGCUGACGAUCGAUUUCACUGUGAGUGGGAGAGAGGUGCUUUCGGCUCUGCUUUCUUGGCUCAUCCCAAGUCUCCGUCUUCUUUGUCUCGUGACUCUGGUCUUCUCCUACCUCCUGUGUUUGCCGUUAAAUCUGCUGAGAUUUUGUUUUCGGAAACGAUAGAGAACGAGAUUGAAGUUUUCAACGAUCUUCAGAGUUCAGGGUGCUCACCGUACAUCAUCACCUGUUUCGGCGAGGAAUUCACUGUCAAAGACAACGGGAACACCGUUUACAACUUGUUACUUGAGUACGCCUCCGGUGGUUCCCUCGCUCAUGUUAUCAAGAAAUUGCUUUGGCGUUGGAUGCCUGUUGAACAAGUGAAGCGUUACACAAGGCAAUUGCUUCUAGGGCUUUCUCAUAUACACGAUUCCGGGUAUGUUCACUGCGACAUUAAGCCUGAUAACGUACUCUUAGUUCCAUCUGAAGAUGGUGAUUUUGUGGCAAAGAUUGCCGAUUUUGGGUUAGCGAAGAGAAGGAGAAGGGAAUUUGAUCACGUGAAAGGAACUCCUCGUUACUUGGCACCAGCACCUGUUGUUCAUGGUGUACUGGAUUGUGCCUCGGAUAUUUGGGCGUUAGGGUGUACCGUGUAUGAGAUGCUAACAGGGUACUCUGUGUGGCCACUUGAUUUCAAUGCGACAACUGAUGAUCUCUACCACAAGAUUGCUAGUGAAGAGCCUCAUCUCACUUUUAGGUUUCCGGUUGAGACUGAAGCUUUCUUGAGAACAUAUCUUGUGAGGACACCUGCGGAGAGACCCACGGCCAAGAUGCUGAUGGAACACCCUUUUUUGACUGGCUUGAUUGAAGAAGAACAGAAAGAAGAAUUUUGGGAAAAAGUUGAUGAAAAUGGAUGUCAGCAAGUAGAGGCUGAGAAUUGUUGUGUAAAAGAAGUUAAGGUGAUUGAGACUGGCUGUAUGUUCAAGGAUGAUUGGAUUUUUGUUCCUCAGAAGGGAUUUAUGUUGGUUCCGUUCCAUGUUCAUUGUCCAAGGAUGACAUGA